UCUGAACCAGCAGUGUUUGUUUAUCAAAUUACUGAACAAUUGUGCUUGUAAUAAUUCAUCACAGCGCAGCCAAGGUCCAGACAAGGAGAACGUCACCCUGCGUCACUUCAAAAGGAAAUAAAGGAACUUAUCCAGAUUCUAAUUCGAUGAAACCCGGUACCUGGCUAAAGGGACGAGUAAUAGAAUUACAACCCGGCAAGGACGGACAAAUACGAUCUGUUAAAAUAAAAACAGCACAAGGUAUAUAUUGUCGUCCAGUUACAGGAGUAGCAAUCCUUGACGUUUAUAAACAAGAAAAUCUUAAGACUUCAAUAGAUAAUUCCGCCAAAACACCUGAAUUUGUAGGUAUCAUGCAUGAACGAAACCCUAAAAAACCAUUAAGUACCUGUCAUAAUCAGGUAAAUGAAAACAAGAAAAACGAUCGCGAUGUUAAAUCUUUUAAACGUCCUUAUAAUGAUUUACCACCAAACGACACGCGCGUUUCAGACUCUAAACGAGGGCCGGGAUCGGAAAAGAAAUUAACGGGGAAUACCAUCAAAAAAUUUAACAAUAUUGUCAUUACUCUACUAAUGAUUUUAUUUCUUUCAGCUGAAGCAAUAGGGGAAUCAUCAAGGGGUUUGAUAGCGUAUGACUGCGCUAAUAAUGACAUAAACAUUACUAGCUACUCCCUUAUGGACGUAGCAUCAUGUAUCCCACCGGCCAAAAAUGUAACGACAAAAGAAAUACGCAUUCAAGUACUACAAAGAAGUCCGAAAACUAUAGUACAUGUUAGUCAAUGCAAAGUAAUAAUCAAACGCUCAAUUCGACAUUGUGGCGCCUUUUCUCACACUUCUGAUUAUGAAUAUGGGUACGCGUACAUCAUAAAGGAAUUUACACCAGUAGAAUGUAAAUUAGCUCAAACGUUAGGAGAAGUUUCUAUAUCUAUCAAUGCCAAGGUCAGGGAACUGCGUCGUAAUCACACCACCAGAGGGGAAGCACUCAUCGUCGGCAGCGUCACGGGAACCAAAUGCAGCGGCGGAACUUACCGGACAUCGAGCUACACCUGGGAAAGCGCAUUGGUAUAUUACGAAUAUGAAAUCGGAAUGUACGAUUACGUAGCCACGGCGGACAUCGAAAACGACCAGGUAACGCUGCGUAACGGGAUCAUCUGCAAAUAUACGACGGGUUGGUGUCUAGAUGCGGAAUACGGCUACCUUACGUGGAGUGUCGAUUUGUCAAGACAAUGCGAGCGCAACGACUUUGAAAUAAUCUACGAAGGUACUGUAAACAAAACCUUUGAUCAAAAUACUGACGUCAAAACACGAGCUAACGCAGUCUACACCUUAAUAUCGAAAGAGCAUAUGUUUUCAAUAAGGGCUCUCGAUGCUACUCAAAUAUGCGGCUUUAAUAGCUACGUAACCGAUCACCCAAAGAUUUUCAUUCUUGAGUUACAAGGAUAUCAAUCGCCUUUCAAACGCAGAGCAAUCGAUGGAAAAAAUCUCGACUUGUUCACCUAUUUCAACUCAAAAAUCACGCUAGUAGAAAACUAUCUCGGUCAAAAGUUGAACGAUGUGUACACUACAGUUAUGACCGAAAUGUGCAAACUAGAUAAAGCACUUUUGGAGACCAAAUUAACACUUGCUCGCCUAAAUCCAAGUGAAUUCGUCAAGAAUCUCGUUAAACGUCCUGGUUACACAGCAGUCGUAGCAGCCGAAGUACUAUACAUUCUGGAAUGCAAACCGGUCUACGUCACUUAUGACAGCAAAGAAGAUUGCUAUCAAGAAAUUCCAGUGAAGUACAAUAAUCGCUCUAUGUUUAUGGCUCCAGUUACACGAAUGCUACAACUAAGAGGCACGCAAAUAGACUGCACACCAUUACUACCAGCGAAAUUUACAAUUGGUGGUAGGUGGUAUACUACAGAUCAUCGUUUGAGAGAAACGACAGCCCCACAACAACUGACCACCGAUAUCGUAACCAAUUGGGCAUACACUCCCUUACCAAGUCUAAUGAAGAGUGGAGUGUACGAUGCCGAAAGUCUCCAAAAGAUGAAGAACUUAGUGUACGAACAAGGUGAUAAGAAAAUAGCAUCUUCAGUCUUGUACAAGAUGAUCGCCGGUCAACAUCCUAAUCUACAAGGAUUUACCUUUGACGCACUCAUAUCAGAAAAGGUAAUUCAUAAUGCAUUUCAAAAAUAUUGGUCGAAGCUGGUAUCAUGGUCCACGUGGAUCGGAAACAUUACAUCUACAGCCAUAGGUAUCUAUGUAUUUGGCAGAGCAGUCAAAUUCAUUAUGGAUACAAUAAUCCAUGGCAGAAUUCUAUUCGAAAUCUACGGAGUAGGAUGGCAGUUGCUAGCAUCCUUUUGGGAUUCCUUGACUAAUCUGCUAUCUCAUCGCGGCCAUCGGAGACAACAAGAAAAUGUAGCACCACAGCCGGCGUACAAUCCAAACCACACUAUCGAUGAACCAAACACAGACCAGAACCCGCCAGCAUUCUCAUCACCCGUAGUAGAGCAAAGAAUACAUCGUACUCUACCAAUGUUCCUGUAUCCGCGAUACAACAACAUCCCAACAACAAUAGACCACGAGAUGACUACAGCAUGCGCACCGCCUUCACAGCAACCGCUCAUCGGGCAGCAAGACGGUGAUUACGAACGCAAGUAACACAAAUAUCGUAGGUUUAUACAUUUUAUAUUUUUUUUUAUCUCUGCUUUAUAAUCUCCUAAAUUCUAUCAUAGAAAAUGUCGCGUUAUUUUGUAAAACUUGUAGUUUUACGAGGGCCGGUAUGUUGCGAACGCGACAAUCCAGAUUUUUUAUAUUUCUUUCUAACCAUAAAAUAGAAUAAAAUAUGAUAGUUCAAACAUACUCGACAACAGACGUACCAUCAAGGAGACAAACUUAAUGUAAUCCUAAACCCUUCAAGUAGGGCCAUCUGGGUAUUUUGACUUGCAUUUUUUAGCAGUCAAUUACUUCAAAUCGUUUCGAACCUAUAACGAUUAACUUAGGAUUACAGCAUGCAUGUGUGCCAAGCUAGACCAACUCCGAGAAGCGUAGGAAAAUUCCACAUCCAUUUUUCUCACGACCGUAAAAUCGUUAAACCUAAAAAUCUCUCAAACAUAGAUGCGUUAAUAACAUGAACCAGAUAAGAUUUCGAAAGGCAAUAAGUUCAAGUAUUUGUCAAUGAUGCGAUACAUCCGGAACAUGCACCACUGAAGUCAAGUGUUAGGUACAGUUACGCCAAAAAGGGAAAACCACAACGCCUGCAAUCAAUGCAACAAUUUGUUCUCACCAGAGAAAGCAAUAAAAAAAGGGAUCACAUUUCCUUCAGGAUCGCUUGACAUAAAACAGCACACCAGAACCAGAAAACCUCCUAGGAGAAUGCGUAGGCGUGGCAAAAAGGAAAAGGCUAGCGACACGAACAUAUGCGAAAAAGGAAGAGAAAAUAACCUUCCCAAAAUAGAACUUGAAGAAAUUAGUAUAUAAGAAUUCAUUUUGAAUCUGAAUAAACACUUACAAUUCUGACGCCUAACUGUGCACCCGUGUACAGAGUUUUUUUGUCUGAACCGAUCAACUAACCUUCCGCGACUUCGCGAAUUUCAUAU